AUAAGAACAGAUGAACACUAAAGCAUAUUUUAGUUUUGUUUUUUCACCUUUUCUCUAUUUUCUCUAUUGUGAAAUUCCUGCAUUUUUCCAAUGUUCUCACCAUUUCUUUCUAAUUUUCAUUCCUACAGACCUUUUCCCUAAUUUGUUUUAUUUCUCACUUCCUUCAAAUCUUUCCAGUACUUUUAUAUCAGCCUAUUCUUGACUAUGAGCUGUUGUUUGCCGUUAAGGAUGGGCUGAAGAAUGGGGAAACUAUUCAGAGUUAGAUGCCCAGUACCUCUACUGAGCACAAAGCCUUUUGGUUAUUCUUGCUUGUUUUUUGAGAAAGGAUUAAAGACACAGUAAGAUAUUCUUGAUGGAUGCAGAAUUUAAUUAUUUGGCUAACCAUGACCUUGUUUAAACCAGACAGGGAAUUCCCAAUUAGGUAAGAGUGUCCUUCCCUUCUGCUCUCUACAGUAUGGCACUGCUGUUCCGUUCCUCUUGUGUCAGCCUUAAAUGUAAGCAGAGGCCUUCCCACUGCUAUCAGCAAUCUGCUUAGUUGUGGCCUUCUCUUGUGACAUCAGUGUCAGGUUACCAAGUAUUCCCAAAGUGCCCUGCAUUAUCUCCUUGUAUGUGGAAGUAUUUUAGGAGGUUAGCUAAAAUAGCUCAUGUUUUGCUUUUUUUCACCAAAAUUGAAACCUUGCCUACUGGGUCAAUUUAGCUAGAGCUGUCUGGAGGAGAAAAUGCUGGAAAUUCCCAUAUUAAAUAAGCUUUCCAUUGCCUAAAAGAGCAAACUAGAAAGAAAGUCUAAGCAUUGCUGUAGCUUUUGCAGUAUUUUCCUCAUUAAAAAAACUCUGGUAAGUCUCUAGGUGGAAAAAAAUUUCAAAACCAGUGUGAAUGUAACGUUUUUAACUUGUAGAACAAAGUAAAAUUUCUACUGAUUUUAAUGAGUCUAAGAUUUCAUUUGCAUGUAACCACUUAUUUCUUCAGACCAAUAAACUAUUGGAAAAACAUAAUUUAAUGCCUAAAAUGUUCAUAUGAAAAUUUUGAGGACUGUCACAUACAGAGUAGAAGUUUUGUAAAUCCAAGGGUCUUUUUUCAGAAGUACUGAACCACAGUAUUUUUGUAAUAAAGUAUCUUCCUAGGUAAAAUUAAUUUUUAACAUAUAAAGAUGUUUAUACAUCUCCUUAGUGACAAGUUCAUCUUUAUUUCCAGGUUUUUCUUAUUUAUGUAAUGAGUUUCAAGAGAAUACUCGUGUUUUAAGUCAAACCUAAUUAAAUUCUUAUUUAGACAGAAUUGUUGAGGAACCACUUUUACUUGCAUCUUUGGUGUCUUAAAUGAUGGCAAUUGUGUUAAUGACAUGUUCCUGUAUUUGCUAAUUUUUUAUCAGAUAUGUUUAAAACAAAAUAGAAAGCUUUCUGUUCUUUGAAUCAGUUACAUGUAGUUGCAAUAAAUUCAUUAUUUCUGUUCAAAUGGAGGUUCAAGCUCUGAAUAGGGGUAGACUUCUUAUAUGAGGAAACCAAGAGAAGUUACUGGCUGAUUAGGACAGGACUGGGAGGGAUGUCUCGCUGGUCUUAGAAAGAGGAGCUCAGAAAGCUGGGGUAUCACAAGGGAUCUGGAAGUGUGGGGUUCUAUGUAAAGUGUAUAUGGGAGAAGCAACAUUUAGAGGAACUAAGAUAUUAUUAUAAGUGUAUUCAUGGAAGAGUUCACAUGGAAAUUGUAGAGGUAGGGGUUGUAAAAAGUCUUGAAGAGAGGGGUUAGGAACCAUUUGUUUCAUGAGAAGUGGUCUCCAGGGAAUUAGUUUCCAGUAGUGUAUACACAGAAGAUUGGCUGAGUUUCUGAGGAGCAUCUGGAGGCAUAUGUCCCAGGAGAAAUUAGCAGGGAGGGACACUACCAGUAGUCUCUACAAACUACCUGUUUUUUCUAUGAUUCCUUUUCCAAGAUAGAAAAGUUAGCUUCUCUAAUGUGUAUUUACAUUUGGGCUUUUUCUAUAUGAAUAGGCUUUAGCAAUCUUACUCUUUGAAUUCUUUUAUUCUGCCUGUGGUGAUAGUUCAAACAAACUGCAGUUCAAGCACCAGCACUGCACAGCUGUUAAUGAGAGGGAAAAUAACUCUUCCUACAAUAUAUAAGUAGACUUAUCUGACUUCUGAGUCACCAGCUGAAAACCUCUCUUCUCAGAAGCUGGGAGCAGAAAGAAAAAGCUGCUUGGAAUGUCUCAUGUAGCCUAAAUUAUUCUAACUGGAUUUGUCUUGUGGUGUACAGGGUAAUUCUGGUCUUUCCUCAUCGAAGCAUAAAUGAAUGGAAAAACUUUUUUUUCCUAGCUUUUGUUUAGGAGAAAAAGAAAGGAAAAAAUAUUAGAAAAGUUAAAAUAUGGUAACAUAUUCAAAGCUGGUUACAGAUGUAAAACAGCAAUUGACUUAUUCAUCAGUAAAUUUGGGGUUUGUAUAAGCUAUAAGGAAUUUCUGGGACACAUUUUUUCACAAGGUUCUAAGGCAUGUUAUGUAUGCAGGAUAUUCACGUUAUUGAUGACUCCUAUGACUCCUGUUAUGGUAACUGUUGAAAAAUUUAUGAAAAAGAGCUUUCAGUUGUAUGUGUCUUACAAAUGUUAUAUAUAGAUUCCUCAUAAACCCUAACCUUUGGGUGUACUGAAGCGCUUUGUGGUUGGUCUGAACAAUUCUUGUUCUAGGACAUUACCACUAGGGCUUACUAUGUUUCUUCUUUGUAUAGUUGUCCCAACUCUUUGUUACAGCACACUGUGCUUUCUAUAUUACUGUGUCAGUUUCUACCUCAUUUUCAGUCUCUAUAGCAACAGUUUCUCAGCAACUGGGAGAUGCUUAGUAAAGGCCUCUCAAUUUAGAAACAUUGCACUCCAACUAAAAAAAAAAAAGCUUUGAAACAAGGAUCAAAGAAGUUUUAUCUUUAAUAAUUCAGGAUAUUUAUUACUAAUUAAUUAGUGUUCUCUGUUUUGACUGCUUAGACAAUUACCUGAUACUUUGAUCUAGGCCUUCGCUAGGCAUUUGUUGUGAGCAGCUUUAAUUUAAAAGUGAAACCUUUAGAACUGUGUCUUGAAGUCAACUUUUAAGUGCUGUAAAACUACUGGACUUCUCUGGCGGUAUCAUCUGACUUCUGGACCUUCAGUAAGUAAUGACAGGAAGGUAAGCGCAGCUGCUGUAUUUAGAAGAGACAAUAAUUUUGGCAUUUGAAUAAAACAUAAAAUGUCUUCACCCUUCACAGGAAACAAAAGUAAUUGUAGGUUCUUUUAUGCAUAUCUAAGAUGUUGAUCAUAUGUUGUCUGAUUUCAAAAGAAAAGUCUCUGUGAUCAAAAAGAUUGAUCUGCUGGGAGGUUUCUGCCUUACUUCAUGUGGCUCGUCUUUCUCUGUACUUUAAUUUAAUUAUGUAGUAUGUUUCAAAAUGCAUUUUAUUUGCUAAAGUACAUAUUCUGAGAACCUGUACAUCAAACAAAGUACAUAUAAGUAAUCAAGUGUUACUUUUCUUUCACAUUCCACUUAGAGUCAAGAAAAAAGCUAUCCUUGUUCUGCACAAAAGAGUAUUCAUUUUAAUGGGCCAGGACUUUUAACUGUAACAAUUUAUUUCCUGAACAUUUGUACAUAAUUUUAAUUUUUUAAUUUGUUUUCUUAAAUGUUUUUCACUAUUAAAGCACAAAAGGAACUGAAAUAUAACAGGCUGAAAUGGUGUAUCAAUGGGCAAAGUUACUUCAGAUUAUAUGGGCACCAGAUACUGUUUCUGCUUUCACAUUGUGUUCAUGUGCUAACACUAAAGUAGAUUCUCUUUGUUUCACCCACACAGUCAAGAUCUGGACUGUCCACAGAGUUUUGUAUAUGAAAAUGUAGACUGUACAUACAUUAAUAAUGUCUUCUGUAACUUUUUAGAAGGAGGGUUUAUAGAUAUGAUAUUGUACAAUAAUAGCCAGUUUGGUAAAACACAGAAACACAUGGUUGACUUUGAGACUAUGAAUACCCUAGUACAAGACUAUAGAGUGUUUUUCCAUAUGGGUAAUUUAAAUGUUAGACAUUGUGUUUUACUGGACAGAGAUCUGGUCAUCUUAUACUAAGUAUCAAGCACUCAUAGAUUAUGCAUGCUAUAUAACUCAUUAAGUCAGUGGAUGUGUUCUUAUUUGAGCAAGCAAAUUCUAAUGAGUUCUAAUUUAAGUGAGUUUAACCUGGAUAUUUUUACAUUCAUCCCAUCCACUUUCUUUAUUUUAUGUACCUCUGGUACAGAGAAAAUAAAGGAGGCAAGCUGUGUAUUUCUAAGUCUACCUUCUAGACUGCUACAUGUAGCUUUCACCAAACACUUAUGUUUAAUUCAUUGCUCUGUGUCUUCUUUCACUGAUUUCUGUACAUGAACUUUUCUGUCAAGUUAUGCAGAGGCUCCUACUACUGCAGCUAUUUUAGGAACAGUUGUAUCAUAUUUUCAUAUAUAUUGCAUAUGAAUAUAUAUCUGUAGGCAAACUUAUGUGCCUGUAUAAAUGCUGGGCAGAGCUGUAGUUUUGCAGUAAAUAACUCUUAGUAAGAAAGAAAAUAGAAUAGUGGAAAAGAAACACAGUGGUAUUUUUUUCAAAGAAGGACUACAGUGAAAACUGUGGCAUUAUAGUCUUGAAUGAAAAAGACUAUUAAAACAAAUUAAAGCAAAUCUGUAUCUCAGUAUUUUAAGUAUCUAAACUUAGGUAAUGACUGAAAUCUAGGGACUGAAACACAACGUUGCAGCUUUCACCAGUUAAAAUGGUGAGGAGAAUAUUUAUGGUAGACUCAAUAAUUUUAGAUCAUUGAAUAUGCUUCAUAAAUGGCCAGUAUUCUGUCAUGUUUAUGAAAAAUGAUCAAUGAUUCGAACUCAAAAAAUGUAAGAAGUGACCAUUUGUUUAAAUUCAGAUUUAACACCAUAUUUAUUAUUUAAGUUUUAAAUCAUUUACAACUAUUUAAUUUUUAUUUAUUUUAGCAAACUUUCCCUUUGCUCUGCACAGUAAGCCAUAUAGAUGGCCUUUGGAAUCUUGUGUGACUUAGAUCCAUUACACCUAGUGUUUCUCAACUGCUGUGUUAGCUGAAAGAUAGUUACUACAGGUAAUUAAUAUUUUUAUUUCUGUGAUUGAAAAUAUAAUGCAGUUUUAGAGCAUUAGUGAAAUAAAUCCUGAGGGGAGGCAUUCAGUUUCCAUUAUUACAGGGACAUAACUACUUUUGCUUUCAUGGUUAUUGAUGUAAGUAGGUUCAUGGUUAAGCUUCCUUUUCCCUUUCCAUAUCAGCUCAAUAAAAACCAAUGACAACUCAGCCUAAAACUUUAGUUUCGCUUGAAAAUUUUAGAAAAUACUUUUGAAUAAUUGCAAUCAGUGAAUCUGAGGAAGAGUCUGGUGUAGAUAUGCCCUCUGUGACCUGAAAUUGUACACUAUGGACCAUGUAGUAAUACAGCAUGUAAACACUGGGCUCUUAAUAGUGAAAGAUCUUACUUCCUCUACUUAAAACUGUUUUGAGGAUUGGUUUUGCCCUGCUACAUCUUUGCAGUUACUUGAAUUACUCCUAUUUUAUGCUGAGCAGAGAGCUUGCCAUUUGCUGGCAUUUCUCUGCACGUGGCACCAAAACUAUUUUGUUUAAUGUAAUUCUGUUUAAAUUAAUUUCUGAAAUGCAUCCAGUGAAUUGUUCAGAUUAAAAGGUUUAAUUUGAAUGGUUCAAUAUGUCUCUGUCUAGAAUAUGUGGUUUUACACUUUGGUUUGUUUUGUUAUAGAAUGCCUUAUGCCAUCUGUUAAUUUCAAAUGGAUCCAGACUUGCAGGAGGCCUUCAGUGAUGUUGAGAGCUCCGUAUACAGAACAGCCCUAAAACUACGCUCAGUACAAAGGCUUUGCCAGUUGGAUUUGAUUGAUGUUUGUCUGAUUCAGCACAUCAUAUCAAGUGAACAAAGGCAGAGAGAAGAGCAGAUUUCUCUGAACAUGCAGCAAAUCUCUAGAAUGCUGAUGAAACUGUUCCAAAGAGCAAGAUUAGAAAAACCAGGCCAGGUAGAUCCAAGAGCUGCUGAAUUCACUUUGGGCCUACUGAUUGCCAUGUAUGACAGAUCUGGAACAGGGUAUGUCAAAACCAGAUCUGCUGCAGCUGCCCUAAUUUCCCUUUCAGGAGAUACUCUACUGGCUAAAUACAGAGCUUUUUUCCAGUUUUAUGCUGUCUAUGAUGGGAAGGAGACAUUAAUCACCUGUAGUGCCCUGAGAAGCCUUCUAAGAGACUUAAAUCAGAUCCCAGCCAUUGUGGGAGAAGGCUGCACUCUGUCUUGUGUGGAAAUUGCGAUUCAUGACUGUUUCCAUGGGGUUCUGAAUGCACCUAUUGUUGAAGAAAAAUUCCUGUCUUGGCUGAGAUCAGAGCCUGCUGUUCUCCUGUGGCUCCCUACAUGUUACAGAUUAUCAGCCAUGGAAAUGGUUUCUCACCAAGCUAGAUGCAGAGUCUGCAAAGUUUUCCCCAUUACAGGCAUCAGGUAUCGCUGUUUAAAAUGCCUCAAUUUUGACCUUUGCCAAGCCUGCUUUUUCACUGGCCGUCUCUGCAAACCACAUAAGAGAUCACAUCCUGUUGUGGAACACUGUGUGCAGAUGUCAGCAAAGGCGAACGCAAAGCACUUUCUGCGCACCAUCAGGAACAACCUGUUUCAAGAGCGCUGCAGAAGAAAAGAGGCUCAGAGAAGGACAGCUCUGGAGUCAGUGGAGGAGAGGCACUUCCCUGCUCACAAAAAGACUUUUUCUCCUGUGGAAUUCAGCGCUUCAUCACGACCUGGUCCUGAAAAUGUGCCUUUCCAACUGGACAAUUGUGUCCCAGAAUCAUCCAGAUUCAUACCUGAAAAUAGGACUGUAAUGCAGAAGAGUGAGAGUAACAACAAGACACCUGAGCAAGGCAAGACAAUAGCUCAGGCAAUAGCCUCUUUUGAAGCAGAUGUGAUAAAAAUGCAUGAAUCCAUUAAAAGCAUUCACAGUGACAGCAGGUACAUGAAGAAGCAGUUCAGCAAAUGGAAGGACAAAAUGCAAUUUCUUCAUAACUGCCAGGAACAGAAAAGCUGCAAAAUAGAGGCAAAACUCCAAAGACUGAGAGUAAGCCAUGAAAACCUACAAAUGACACUGCAGCACAUGAAGGAAGAAGUAAAGACCAUGUUGCAGUCAUCAGAGUGUCCUUUUGCACAGUGUCAUAAUACAAUGCCAAGAAAUCCACAUGUUCUGCUGGAAAGGAGAAUGCAGAGUGAAUUAAAUCCUGCCCAAAUAAGGCCUACUUCCAAAACAGGUGCAGAACGGAAAUCUUUGAAUCCCCCAAACUCUUUAAAUAGAAUGCAGCUUUUACAGACACCUGAGGUUCCCACUGCAGUGGAACUCAUGUUCUCAGAUGACCCACUGGAGUCAGUGUCUCUGCAGAGUGACAAACCCUUUAUGGGACAGCAUAAACAAGCAAAAGAGAAACAAACAUAUCUGCCUAAACUGACAGAAAACUCUCCUGGUGGAAUGGGGAAUACAGUUCUUAUUCCCACGGCAAUGCAGACACCACCUGAUGAGAAGGAAGUGAGAGAGGAAUUGGAACUGCUAAUGAUGAAACUGAAGGAUACAUUGUCUCUCCAAACCCAACCAGCCCAACAAACUGCUUUGCACCAGGAGUUCUUCUCUACAGCUGAGCAAGUUUCUAGGUCCUUUUCUGACCUCAUCAACCAAAUAAUUUCACCAUCUUGUAAAUGAUGGAAACUACCAUUCACCUUACAACUUCACUGAACUACUUAAGCAAACUACCUUGUGCAAUACAAGCCUAUCAUCUAGAGAUGCACACCCUGUUUCUGCAAAGUCUAUGAAUUACUAAGUAAUGGACAAAUGUCUCUUACAUAGAAAACUCAUCCAAAAGGGUAAGCCAACUUUUUUUUCCCAGCAGAAUCUAGCUUGGUUAAUUCCCAUGGGCACCCUCCAAACAAGAACUGAGAGAAAAAUGAAUGUGGCUGAGUCUUUCAGAGAACAGCAACAGUGAAAGGCAGUGUAAGAGGGAGGAAUUGCCUUGUCCAGGAGAAAGGGUAAAGCCUGAUUUGCUGCUUUCAGCAGGCCUGAAAGAGAUUUUGAAAUAUUUUCUUUCUAUAUGCAUAGUUAAUUAAGGCCAGCUGAAACUUCAAAAAUAUAAGAGUAUAAACCAGAAGUAAAACAUUUUCAGGUGACCUUUGAAAGUGAAUUACAAGAUAAAUAUGACCUUAUCACUACAUUCUACUUUGAUGACUGCCUUAAUCAAUUAAGGAAUAAUUUUUUUUUCUCAACUUUGACAUGAAAUGUGAAUAGAGGCCAUAGAAAAUUUUCUUUGAAUUAGUAUUAUUACUACUACUAUUUAUUCUCCUUGAAGAAUUAUGGCUUAUUGUUGUAACAUGGCUUAACCUUGAUUCAUGUUAUUGAAAGAAACAGCAGCUUUAACUGGCAUGAGAAAUCACUUGUACUUAAUUACUUCCAUGAUCUGUUAGGUUAUAAGCACUGCUUCUAAAGGGAGAACUUUUUUACCAAAUACAGACCAUGCAUGUGGGCAGAAUGGACACUACAAAAAGGGUAGGAAUUAAGUACCUUUGUACAAGACUCUCUGUUUGCUUUAACAGAGUAGUCAAGUGGAAUGACUAAUCUGUUAGUCCUUAUAGUUACAAAAUACAUCAAACUAGAACUGGGAAACGCUUUCAUCUUUCAGGAAACAGCUCAAGAUUUCAAAAUGGUCUCUCUAAACCUGAAUUUGUUUUUUAAAUUGUGUAUCAAUUUAAAAAAAAAAUCAGUAACCACAAACAAGUUAGGUCUGCUAUUCCAGAGUCAACUAUGUCAACAUAUUUGUUCCCAAAAACUACUCUGCUGCUUCCACCACUGACCAUUUAGAUGACAUCUCUUCUUAUCAAAAAGUUGAGCAGUUUGAAAGUACUACUACAUUCAAAAUAAAAAAAUGUAUCUUUUGGGGGAUUUUCAACCAAUGUAAUCAGCUUCAAUUUAUGGACUGGAGGUGAAAAAAGACCUUGUUCCUUAAGUGUUAAUUUUAUUUUCAUGUAUUCACCUAAUUCUUUUAUUGUUAUUCAACUUUGCACCCUGAUAACAUUUGCUAUUUUCAAAUCCAUUUCCUUGGCUUGUUUACUGCACGUGUAAUUUCUUUUCUUGUUUAAAGCAGUCAGAGUCAGGGGGGUUAACUUGGAACUCUUGUAGCAGGAACUCAAAAUUUAGUGAUGUAAGCAAGAAAUAGAAAUGCCAGAGCCACCGAAGAGAAGACAUGCGGCAUUGCUUACUUAAAGCCCCAUCCUGUCCCCCCAAGGACAAUAGCUGCUACCAGGAUGGCACCAGCGAUGGAGCCUAUUAUAAGAUUGGUGGCACUAGGACCUGUGGUAAAGGAUUAGGGUAAGACAGACAUAAGAACCAAUGACUUCAUUCACAUUAUGUGAAGCAUCUGAAGGGUAGUCAAACAAUUCAGGGAAUACAGACAGCACACAAGGUGAUGCCUCUAGACAGUCUCAACAAGCCCAGCUUAACUUACUUUUCUUUAACAAUAGGAACAAGGGAACAAACAAUGCUGUUGGUCUCUGCAUUGUGCUAUGCUGACUUCUACCAUAGAUAAAAACCUAGUAUUAGACAGUGAAUUCCAUUGUUACUUAUUCCAUUAUCUUCUUCAUGAACUGUCAGCUGAGGACACUAAGAUAGUUGUGAAUAAUUUCUUAACUUAGAGGGAAAAGGAUGAAUGCUGUAUGUUUUAAGACUACAGAAAAUGAGAAAGAAAUAAAAAAUCAAGAAGACCUCUCUUUUUUCAUGGAGCUCCUGAAAGGUGUAGAUAUUUUAAUUUGAGCUGAGAGCAUCUAGCACCACUUACUUAUCAGAGUCCAGACACCCUACAGUUACAUCAAUGCUAAAUUUACAAUUGUUUGACAAAAGCAAAGGAUUAUAUAAAAGUGAAGGAAAGUUGAAAUAAAAGUUUAUUUCCACUAAGCUUGCCAAAACAUCAAAGCAUCUCUUCAUUAUCCUCAAGAAGCUACUGAACAACAAAUUGGGGAAGGGUGGAGCAGAAAAAAAGAGCAAUAAAAAGAAGCAGCACAAAAUAUAUUCGUGCUAUUUUCUGAAGAGGGCAAGAGAACAAUAAAUAAGAUAUUAAUAAUUGACCCUUAAGUGCUGUGUUUACAUAGGACAGAGGAAACUGACAAUAGGCUUGAGUAACAUUUGCUCUGUACAAAAACUUCCUAUUGCAGUCUUUGAUGUAAAAAAUUGCAAAAUGAAAGCAACUCAACAGUUCUUCUGCAGCAUAUCACAACACUCUUUGUUUAACCAAUUGCAUAUUCAGGAAUAGCCUUCAAAAACAGCUCUUACCCCUAUCCCACUCUUCUCAAAUUGACACUUCUACAUAGCAAUUGAAAUUUUCCUAAUUAAUUGCUCUGAGCUGAGUUUGGAAAAAUCGUCGCACAGCUAAUAUAAGGAAGAAAGAGGAGCAGCCAGAGAGCAGCAAAGAAAGAGGAAGGGCAGCUGCAACAACUGAAAGUUUUAAGCUGAUAGGUCAAUAUUACAAAACCUCCUGCACCACCCCACACACUUCAAUAAGCAUUUGUCCUAGAAGUUUUAAAAGUUACUGCAGCCACUUUAUUGCCUCCACUACAUGUUUCUCACCUCAGUGCUUCUGGAGAUUCUGAUUAGCUAAAAGAAAACCAAGUUUUAAAACUUGCUUCCUGCAGUUCCUACACAAAGUAUUCAGGAAUAUGAAAAAAAUAGUUGGACUGAAAAAAAUAGAAUUAGCUUUACAGAUGAACAGUGCAUGAAUUUGACAAUAAAAAUCAAAAGGUAAUUCUGCACAAUUUGGAAGAAUGUAUCUUACUUGAACUUGCCUUUAAGUCACACCUGGCUUAACAGGCUUGAGCAUGGUGGAGGGUAAGUGCCAUCCUGCAGGCAUUGUUGUUCCAAGUAAGGCUGGCUUGUAACAGCAGCCUAAUGAGCCACCAUAUUUGACUGAGAUCUACAGUUUGCUCUGGAUUCAUCAAAUGAUCUCACAGAACAAAAGACUGGAAACACACCAAGUGAUUUAUCUGUACUAAAUUUGCCUUGAAAAUCUAUAAUAAAUAAGGCUUGAAAAUUCUUUCUAGCCAUAGAAUGCCAUCUUCUCACAAAAGAGGUGCAAUGAUUAAUUGUUAGUAACAGUCAUAAAUUAGAUAAAGAUGUGCCAAAUCAACUCUUUUACAUCCCGCCUCUCACUAUGUUCCGUGGUUGUUAAAUGCCCAGGGAUGUGUAUCCAUUUCAUAGUGCACAUCUAAUACCCAAACAUCAGUUUAUUCUUUAAAUAAAGAAAAUCACUAUUAGUUUUGCUUACUAUAAAUAUCAAAUAAUUCAAUAAAUUUAAACAGAAGAUAAUAAUAUACAAAACAAUUAGGUUCAGGUAGAAAAGUAUAAAUAUUUUUAAAAAACAAGCCUGUAGAAUAGGUAAUAUGACUGAACAACAACCAUUUAUUUAUGAGACUGGAGUCCUCCAACUGUUGAAUCCCAGUUUCAAAAUACAGAGAUCUAAGAGGAUCACUGAUGAGUCAUUUUAAGACAGACUGUGCACAUAAAAGGAUUUAAAAUGAGAUUACUUUUAUGUGUUAUACCUUAUUGUAAGGAUCUAUGCCUUAUGUUUUAUUAAGCAUUACAAAAUAAAUGGUAUUAUUAAUAAACCAUAAUUUUCUACCAGUAAAGAUAUUUUCGAAGAAAAAUAAAAAUCCCUAUGUUUCAGCUCUCUAGUCACUGAACUCAGACACUUGACAAACCAGAAGUAAGAGGAAGGUGUUAAUAACCACCAUACUUGUGGGAUCACUUUCCAUCCAGACUAUCACAAGAAGGAACACUUUGGUACAUUUGUUCUUUCCACCACACACUACUGCUAUAACCUGCACACACAGAUUUAUCAGGAGCAAUCUCCUGGAGAUAACUGCCUGGCACACCUCCUUUUCCUGCAAGGACACUGCUCUGGCCUGGCUAUUGUACCAUCCCUGGCCAUCUUUUAAGACCCUGAUACAAAUCCUACUGAAGGUGUUAGAGCAGAACACACCUUUAACUCCAGUAGACCUCAUACUAUUCCUAAAACCUUCAUCAUCCUCCAAUAUAUUCUACAAGAACUAAUACACAACAUUUGAAACUCUGGCCGUAUUAGAAAAGGCAAUUUUACUGCAGACUGCAGUCCUGCAGGUAACAACAACUCUGGUGAUCUGAUGUCUUUUCUUGCCUGUUGCUUUGCCAGCUAAAUCCUCUGGUUUAAGUUAUCAAACCUAAGUAUCCAUUUUGGUACAAAAUCUGGAAAAAAAACCUACUGGACUCUUUUGUCCUCCAUGAUUCUGGAAAUAAGUUCAUGAAUCAUUAAGUAAUUAAAGUUAUUUCAGCACUUUGAACAAGCAUUUACAAUUUGCAAGUGAAGUGGUGAGAAAGGAAGAAGGACAGGUCCUGGCAUCAGGCUGUGAUGCUCACACCCUCCCCUGCAGCCACGCAGGGGCCAGCAGGGCCUGAAGGGCAUGAGGAACAGAGAGGGAAUUUGCAUUCCCUGCCUGAUUCUACAAACCAACAAAAAGUAGCACUGGCUUGCCUUGAAUGCACAUUUGUAUCUGAAGAAACCAGAGGACAGAGAAAUAUUGAUGAGAUGCAGGAAAAAAGAAUGAAUAGAAACAAAGAGUCAGGUAGUGAGCAAUAAAAGCAGAGGAGGGAUGAAGAAAAGCUGGCGUUGGUAUAGAAGGAUGCAGGAGCAGGAACAAACGGUCAGGGACACUGGUCAGAACUGAGUGGCUUGAGACAGCAGGUGAGGGAAGAGACAAACAGAAGAGAACAAGGCAGAAUGUAAGCAAAAGGCAAGUGGUCCUCAACUUGUAGGUAAAUCUUCUGCUCCAGAAUCUGUCCCCCAAACCUCUACAACUUUCACAGUCUUCAGUUUUUAGCAAACAGUUGUAAAAGCUACCAGUAGAACACAGAGCUGAUCUUUCUCAAGGAAAUUACCUAUUACCAUCUUCCUUCUAUUUGUUUUCUCACCAUUGUCCUCUGUGAACACAAAGGUCUACUCAUUUGAGAAUCUUGGAUUCGUUUCAUGUAUGGACAGGUUCCUCAGGCUGCAGACUCACACAUGAAGCACUGCCUCACUGACUAAAACUGUGUGUGAAUGAAUGCCUUUGCACUCGGCCUGAUUGGAAAUCACAGACCGUCCUGCUAAUGAGUCCCCCUUCAGAGAGGUGCCACUGUCACAUGCCAGAUGUCAUAUAUAGAACUAGAAACAUGGAGAAGAUGGAAAUCUCAGAGCAGAAAAAUAGCAGUCUUACCAUCUGUAGUUUGCACAGUGAAUGCAGAAUGAAGACAGCUUUUACAUGGGCCUUUUUAUGUGUAUAUGUACAUGAACACAAAUUUAUAUAAAUUAUAGGCAUUGUUAAAAUUGAGGUACUGGGACAACACUUGGGAUUACCAUUUCCUAGAACUGAAAAGACAGUAAAAAUUGCUCAUAUGUAUUCUUUGUACAUGAAUACUACACUCCAGCACUGUGCCAUCUUGAGGUAACAGAAUCCUAGCAACAGAACCUUCAGAAGCUUUAAUGUAAAACUACCUGUCUGUAUGACUAUCAGCAGCUUUUAUCUGCCUAGCUUGAUCAUUAGCCUGAACGCUCUGCAUGUAAUAAAAUGGUUCACAUUACUCAGUCUAUUUCACAAAAUAAUCAAGAAGUCCCUUCUUUUUUUCUUCCUUUUUUUUUUUUUGGUACUUUGGUGUAAUGGAAACAUUUAGACAUUUAAUUUUAUGGUGACAAUAUAAAAAUUCACAAACUUUUUUUUUUUAUGCCCCACAUUAUCCCAGACAGGAGAAGGUUCAACACUGCAUGAGCAAACCACAUGACACAGACAAAUCACAUGACAAAUACGGUCACCACAGAACAAAGCUAAGGGGAACACAGAGGCUCAGGUGCAUACGGUUACCUCACACACUAAGGCACCAGACAGAGAACUCAAACUGAGAAAAGUGCUUACUCUAUUCCCCACCCUGUGCCUCCAAAAAUCACCCCCAAGGCCAGAAUGGUCCCUGCCACUGCACCUAUUAACCUGUUAGCGGCCAUGCUCACUGUGUGGAGGGAAAAGGGAAGAAUUUUUCAGGAAAUCAUCACAUAUAUGUCUGAAAUGAAAACAUAAAAUAAUUCCUCAGAGGGAUACUUUAUCAUAUAAUCCACUGUUGGAUAAACAAUUCAAAUCUCAUCACAAACCUUUGUUUACCAAAUAGUGUAGCUUUAAAAAUUCUGAAAUGAACUCUAUUUGGUUUUCUUUGAGUGCUUGCAAAUAUUUAAAUGAGAAGUUUUCCUGUAAAUUCCUUUCAGCUUGUGAUUCUAUUAUUUGGUCUAAAAGGGAACAUCCUCAACCUACUGCUUAUUUAAACCAGCCAAAAUGUAAAUAAAUUGCCAAUAAAAAAACUUUGGUUUUGA